CAGUCUUGAGUCUUCAAUUCGCUGCCGUCGUGAUCGGUUGUGCGUGUGUGGAUCUGUAGCGUUACUAACUCUGUGCUCGUUUUUGUGUCUUGCCAUAUAACGCUUUUGGUCGAAGAGAGUAUCGCGCGCGUGCUUAAAGCUCUCUCUCUAUCAGACUGUCUGUCUUGCGACAGUUAAAAUACCAGAAAAAAAACCUGUGCCCAGAGUGUUGAACAAAGUGCUUCUCAUCUGUAAUCCACUCGAGUGAUCAAUGCCUAUAACACGUUGUCAGCUCACUCCUUGAUUCAGUUAAUAUUUUGGCCACAAAAUGUUUCCCAACCAGAACAAUGUUGCCGCUGCCGGCCCUGGUGGUCCGGCGGUCGAUGGGCAACAGAGUCUCAACUACAACGGACUGCCGCAGCAGCAACAACAGCAGCAGCAGCAGCAACAACAACAACAACAACAACAACAACAAUUGUCACAGUCCACGAAGAACGUGCGAAAGAAACCGUACGUCAAGAUUACGGAGCAGCCGGCGGGCAAGGCCCUGAGAUUCCGAUACGAGUGCGAGGGUCGUUCGGCAGGUUCGAUUCCCGGCGUGAAUUCCACGCCGGAGAACAAGACGUACCCAACCAUCGAGAUUGUCGGCUACAAGGGACGAGCCGUAGUUGUCGUCUCCUGCGUGACCAAGGACACACCCUAUCGUCCCCAUCCGCACAAUCUGGUGGGCAAAGAGGGCUGCAAGAAGGGCGUCUGCACGCUGGAGAUCAACAGCGAAACCAUGCGGGCCGUGUUUAGCAAUCUGGGUAUUCAGUGCGUCAAGAAGAAGGACAUCGAGGCGGCCCUCAAGGCCCGCGAGGAGAUACGCGUCGAUCCUUUUAAGACGGGUUUCUCGCAUCGUUUCCAGCCCUCGAGCAUCGAUUUGAACUCGGUCCGAUUGUGUUUUCAAGUAUUUAUGGAGAGCGAACAGAAGGGACGCUUCACCUCGCCCCUGCCACCGGUCGUCUCCGAGCCGAUCUUCGACAAGAAGGCCAUGUCCGAUCUGGUCAUCUGUCGGCUGUGCAGCUGCUCGGCCACUGUGCUGGGCAACACCCAGAUCAUCCUGCUCUGCGAGAAGGUGGCCAAGGAGGACAUCUCGGUGCGGUUCUUCGAGGAGAAGAACGGACAGAGUGUGUGGGAGGCUUUCGGUGAUUUUCAGCACACGGAUGUGCACAAGCAGACUGCCAUUACCUUUAAGACGCCCCGAUAUCAUACGCUGGACAUCACAGAACCAGCCAAGGUCUUCAUUCAGCUACGUCGUCCAUCGGAUGGAGUCACCAGCGAGUCGUUGCCCUUCGAGUACGUGCCAUUGGAUUCAGGUAAACACACUUUCUGGAACCUUCACCGGCACCUCAAGCGGAAGCCGGACGAAGAUCUCUUUCAGCAGAUCCUCACGUUGGAUGCCAAGCGAGAGGCGCCCACGAUUGAGGUCAUUGAUUUGGAUACACCCAAGUUGGAGGAGGUACAGCAGUCGGCUCUAGAGGUGUCUGUUCCAGAUCAGAUUAUAAUUGAGAAGGAGGAGGAGGCAGAUCCUUCGGCAUCUCCUGUGGCAUCUCCUGUGGCAUCUCCUGUGGCAGAUCCCGUGGCAUAUCAAACUGUGGCAGAUCAAGUUCCUCAGGAUAUGGAGGCAGCAGAUGCCAAUGCCGAUGCCGAAGCCGAUGCCGAGGCUGAACGUCUUCGCUCGGAGCAGGAGAAGGAGAUCGAUACGAUCAUUGACGAGAAGGUGCGGGAGCUGGAGCAACUGGAACUGGGACAGCGCCUCGAGCCACGGCCCCUGACAGCCAACGACAAGAUCACCGAAUGGAUGAAGUCGAACGAGAUCGAACAGCAGCCCCACGAGCCGAGCCCCACACAAGUGGAGGGCGAUGUCCUCGACUCGGCCAUCGAGGCGCAGCUGCAGACCACAGACGAGGACAAGACCCUUAACGAGCUGCUCGAGCAGGUGGCCGAGCUGGAUGAGAUCUACACGGACUACAAGGUGCAGCGAGACACCUACAACAACACGCUGCAGAACGAGCUUUCUGGCAGUGGCCUGGAGCAGGAGUUGGACCGCGGCCAUCCGCCCAUGCAGGUGGAGGAUAGCUUCGAUGAUGCCGCCACCUACACGAGUCUGCAGAUUGCCUUCAAGAAUCCCGUGCUCAUACCCAUGGACGAUAUCAUGCCGCCCACACCGCCCAUGUCACAGUGUGCCCCGGAAGAUGCCCAUCAGCAUUACGAUCCCGUGGAGAUCAAUUCGCAGUCACUCACAUCAACCCACAGGCCGGUGCCUCCGAUUCCAGUUGCCACCACCACCACAACACCGUUGCCCGUGCACGUGACAGCUCCGGAGGAGGAGAAGCUGCCGCCGCUGCCACCCAAGAGGAUACGGAAACAGGACAGCAAUGCGGAGAACCGUUCCAUCGAGGCCAACACCAAGCCAGCGGCAGCGCCAGCGCCAGCGGAUUCCCUGCCGCCCACCAAGCGCCUGCCGCCAGCUCCGACGCCCAAGAAUCCCAAUUUCAACACCCUGCCCCGUCAGAAAAAGCCCGGCUUCUUCUCGAAACUCUUCUCGCGGCGCAAGAGCAAGCCUGACCUAGCCCAAACCCCAGCCGACAGCUGCUCCCACCUGGACUCGAAGACCAACAGCCGGGAGCCCAGCAUUGGGCACUUCAGCAUGCACGAUCCGAUGAGAGCUUCGCUGAGAUCAUCGAAGAGUGCGGUGGCUCCCGCGCAGACGUCCAACAAGUCCAGUCCGGUCAAGACGGGAGGGGCCAAGAAGCCCCUGAAGCUGGGAAAGCCCGUGGGCAGGAGUGUGAGCAGUGCGUCGUGCAAGCGGCCGGCCUAUCUCAACGCCGAUGUGGUGCACAUACCUCUGAAGGGCGACAGCGCCAACAGCCUGCCGCACCACUCGCCCAUGGAGGCCUACUCCCAAUCCAGCACCAUAACGGUGGGCGGUGCAUUGGAUAGACGCACUGCCUCGGCCCUGCAGCUGGCCGAGAUCCCCAUUCUCGAGGGCGGCAUGGAGCUGGUGGCCAUUGCCGACCGCCAGAGCCUCCACAAUUUGGUCAGCUCCAUCGAGGGUCAUUUCAACGUUCAGCUGGAUCCCAACCUGGACUUGACAGAGGCGGAGCACUUUGCCCUGUACACGAGUGUGCCACCCCUGGCGGCGGCCAGCGAGUUCGAUGAGACCUCCGCCUACUAUGCCCCCGUCGAUGCUGGGGAGAUCCUCACGCCUGAGCAGGUCGCCAAACGCCUGGCGGCGGCCAAUGGCCUGAACUAGGAAGAAUCCUUAAUCCAGGAGGGAAUUUGUUAUAUUUUUUUUAGGAAUACGAAGGAAGGAAAUCCAACGACUAAUCUAACGAUCGGGGAAAUUAAACCCCAACGGGGAUUCAAAUUUUUCAAAGAAAUAAGCCCCAAGCUGAAGAGGAGGAACACAUGGCUCCCUCAUCUCUCCAUGGGGAAUAUUUAAGGAAAAAAACACCCCGACCAGACCCAUAAAAUGUCCAUUUGUCCAAUUGUCGGAGGGCGGCUGAAAGUAUCUUUCGGCACAGAGGUCCUCCAAAUUUUGUAUUUGUUUUAGAUUUGAUAAUUGUGCUAAAAGUAUCCCCCCCCCCAACUAUCUAAGGGGGAAUACUCGUAUUUUGUAAGCGAUACAGCCGCCUACAGACCCAGAGAGAAACAUUUAUUUUGUGCUGGGUGAAAAUGAUUUGUUAUUGUCCAAGGUCUCAAGAGAGAGACCUGCAAUUUAAGCGAAAUCUCUCGAUGAUUUCCCAGGAAUCGGAUAUCGUAUAUCGUAUAUCCUGUAUCCUAAACCGCAACAACAGCAACUGCAACCUUUGUGUAUAUUUUGUUU